CCAUCGGCGAAAGAGAAUCUAAUUUUAGAACAAAGCACAUUCUGGCAUUUCAAGCAGUCUGCUUCUCAAUGUCGGCAUGGCCAAAAAGCUAGAGGCGUUACUAGGAGAUUACGUCCUUCGACAGAAUGGGGACACCCUGGAGCAGGUGCCCGUGGGGUCGCUCUGUGGGGAGGGGCGAGUGGUGGGACUCUACUUCUCGGCCCAUUGGUGUCCGCCGUGUCGAAACUUCACGCCGUUGUUGAUCGAUUUAUACAAGAACGUGAAAAAAUCUGGCGACAAUUUAGAGAUUGUUUUUGUGAGUUGGGACAGGGAUGAGGCGAGUUAUAAGGAAUAUUUUUCAUCCAUGCCCUGGACAGCUGUGCCAUUUGAUCCAAAGAAAAAGGCAAAAUUAACCAAAAAAUUCCGAGUUCAGGGGAUUCCUAAGUUUGUGUUACUGGACGGAGAGACCGGGAAAGUGAUUACGUGUGAGGGGUACGCCUGUGUAAUUAACGACAAAGACGGAUGUGAGUUUCCAUGGAGACCCAAGAAAUUCCAGGAAGUGAUUCAGGGGAAGUUACUCUGUAGUGAUCAAAAAGAAGUGGAUGCUCUGGAAAACCUGAAAGGAAAAACCCUGUGUCUUUAUUUCUCAGCCCAUUGGUGUCCCCCUUGUCGGGCCUUCACCCCUAUCUUGGUCAAACUUUAUAAGAAGUUACACGAGGACAAGAAGAACGUAGAAAUCAUCUUCCUCUCGUCGGACCGGUCACAGGAAUCCUUUGACCAGUAUUACGACACCAUGCCCUGGCUGGCCGUACCAUUUGGAGAUCCCAGGAUUGAACAGUUGAAGAAUUUAUUUGCUGUAGAUGGUAUUCCUAUGUUGGUUGUACUGGAUGAAAAAGGAGAAGUCAUUACAAUAAAUGGUCGGGGAGCUGCCAUGAUGGAUGAAGAGGGUUUGGAGUUUCCAUGGCACCCCAAGCCUGUGAAUGAACUCACUGGGAAUGCUGCCAUCCAGCUGAAUGAGUCUGCUUGUCUGGUUCUCUUCACAGAGGGUGAAGAUGAGGACAUUGAGUGGGCUACAGAAGUUCUUACCGAGACGGCCACCACAGAACACAACAAAGGGGAGGAUCAAGAACUUUUCUUCUUCUUUGGUGGAGAUGAUGAAAUCUGCGACUCUGUGAGGAGUUUUGCUAAGCUACCUGAUCCCUGCCCACUGCUGGUCAUACUGGACUUCCCAGAGCAGAAAGUGUACAAGUGUACAGAAAAAACAAUCACCAGUGAUGUGGUCAAAGACUUUGUCAGGGGCUACUUUAGUGAGACACUAGAACCUGUGCUACUUAGAGGUCCGGAGUAGACAAGGAGACCAUAUCUGUGUUACUGAGAGGGCGGAGUAGACAAGGAGAAAACAGAACCUUUACCGAGUCUGGCCCAGAUUAGGCACAGGGAAUCUGCUGCUCAGAGGUCCUGAAAGAUAUUUAAUGAAUCUAAAAAAAAAUAUUGAAUUAUAAAAAAAGAGUAAAUGAUCUGUUUAAAAUAGAUAAUGAUUGCCAGGUCUGAAGGAGGGUUAAAGUCUAUUUGUUUCUCCUUCAGUAUUUAAUAUUUGUGUUAAUUGUAAAUAAUACAUUUUGUCUUACAUGUUCGUUCAUUUAAUGAACUUAUUCCAUAAAAAGAGGAAAUAUUAUUGUGUCAUUGUUAAAUGUUUGGACUGUAAAACUUAGUAUGCCUGGUUCUCUUCAAGUUCUUUUAAUUUCAUUUUUUGUACUGUAUUAAUACAAAAAUUUACUAGUAAAGUUAAAUCUUAAUAGUAAUGUCCAUUCAAAUUACAAAAUAUUGGUUAUGUACUAUCUAGCUGAUACAAUGAAUUGGUUUUUCUUUUAUGAAAUGCGUAUGAGUCAUGGAAAUAAAACAUGGGAUGUUUGUAAAUUUACACAUCAACUGAUAAAUCAGGAUAUAGGUACAGUAUUGUUGCUUAUAUAUACACAACGUACGUUCAAUAUGCCUAUAGUGAUUUACAUUCAUGUAUGUUUGUGUACAUUAUAUUUGUUUCAUUUUUUUUCUGUUACUGGUAGAAAUGUCUUUAUUGUUGAUAUUAGAGUGAAAUACCAUAUAAUGGUUACAAUAUGUUACAAUUAGUGAUAUUACAUGAAGUGUACAUGUAUUCCCAAACAUAAUGUCAUGAAGUUUAAAUGAAAAGGUCAGGUAGUACCUUGGAUAUUUUCAUGGACAAUUUAUAGUGAAUUCCUUCUUUUCUCUUAUUUUGGGUUAAUGAUUUUAAUGAAUUUUUCAUUGAGCAAUAUUUUAAAACAAUUGCCACAGCUUUAAUUAAGCAUAAACAUUAAACAUACAAAAUUAGGCUCAAGUUCAUUCUUAUGCUCAUUUGAAAAUUUUAGAAUUAAUUUAUGCAUUAAUGAUGGUGACAAUUUUGUCUUAAAUAUUAAUGUAGAAAAUGCAUUUGUUUCUCAAAUGUUCCCUUACAUUUGUAAUCCAAGUACUAAAGAA